UGCUAGGGACCGAGGCCAGAGCCGCACCCGGAGCCGAGCUCGGCGGCGGCGGAGCAGCACGGGCCACCGAGGGGUGCCAGGCGACCCUGAGCUCUCUCUGCGCCAGGACCCUGCCGCGUGCUAGGGCAAGAUGCGAACAAGCCCUCUGGCUGUUCCAGCAAAUGCCCCCUCCAGAAAGAAGCAGUUGGAGCUGGAUGAUGACCUAGACACUGAGUGUCCCAGCCGGAAACAAGCUCGAAGUGGGCCCCAGCCCAGGCUACCCUUGUGCCCGCUGACCCUGAACCCAUCACCAGCUCCUGUUCAUGCUCCCAAUGUGACCACUCCCUCCAGGCUUGGACCCUAUGUUCUCCUGGAGCCCGAGGAGGGGAGCCGGACCUAUCGCGCCUUGCACUGCCCCACAGGCACGGAGUACAUCUGCAAGGUGUACCCGGCCUGCGAGAGCCUGGCGGUGCUGGAGCCCUAUCGGAGGCUGCCCCAUCACGGCCACGUGGCCCGGCCGGCGGAGGUCCUGGCCGGCACGCAGCACCUCUACGCCUUCUUCCCGCGGCCGCACGGGGACAUGCACAGCCUGGUGCGCCGCCGGCGUCGCCUCCCUGAGCCCGAGGCCGCCGCGCUCUUCCGCCAGAUGGCCGCCGCCCUGGCGCACUGCCACCAGCACGGGCUGGUCCUCCGCGACCUCAAGCUACGGCGCUUCGUCUUCACCGACCGGGAGAGGACGAAACUGGUGCUGGAGAACCUGGAAGAUGCCUGUGUGCUGACUGGGCCUGACGACUCCCUGUGGGACAAGCACGCAUGCCCAGCCUAUGUAGGCCCCGAGAUCCUCAGUUCCCGGGCAUCCUACUCAGGCAAGGCGGCAGAUGUCUGGAGCCUGGGUGUGGCACUCUUUACCAUGCUGGCUGGCCGCUACCCCUUCCAGGACUCAGAGCCUGCCCUGCUCUUUGGCAAGAUCCGCCGUGGCGCCUUUGCCCUGCCUGAGGGCCUCUCGGCCCCCGCCCGCUGCCUGGUCCGCUGUCUCCUCCGAAGGGAGCCAACUGAGCGGCUCACGGCCUCGGGUAUCCUGCUGCACCCUUGGCUGCGGGAGAAUGCCAUCCCUGCAGCCCCACCUCGGUCCCGCCACUGUGAGGCUGACCAGGUGGUCCCCGAAGGGCCGGGGCUGGAGGAAGCAGAGGAGGAGGGAGAAAGAGAGAUGGGUCUCUAUGGCUGAUGUCACCUAACUGGACUCUCAGCUGCAGACAGCGGGUUGAGUCUGGGGUAUCUCUAAGCUCUCUUCUGCCUCUUUGAGCUGAGCCAAACCUUAAGUGCCUUCUGGGAGGGAGAGAGAAGGAGGUGUGUGCAGAGCAUGCUGGACACACACACCUGUGCAGAUGAGCUCGUGCCCCACCGAGUCCUCCUCAGGAGCUCCCUGUGCAAAGCCCUGUUCUGGAUACUGGGAACACAGCAGUGAAUGACAGAGACAAAGUCCUGCUCAGAGCUGACAAUACUUUCCAUGCCCAUGAAUCAGUGUCUACACUGAGCACCCACAGUGCAGGGGUUGGCAUCCACUCGUGCUGAUGCCCAGGCACCUCUGACGUGGGACAGACCCUGUCACAAACAACCCAGCUGCUUUUGUAUCUCAUGCCUUUUCAGAGGAAUGGAAGCAUCCCUGUGCCAAAGGCUCCAGGCCUCUCCCCUGUGAUUCAGGACCCUAGAGCCCAGACCAGGCUGGGAAUUGUCCUCCCAGCAGCUCUGUCCUCUUGGCCAAGGGCUUCUCCAUCCAGACUUGAGUGAAGGAUUUGGGCUGGAGGAUCAGGAAUGCAAACCGUGAGGCUGGUCCUCAUCUUACUGAAAGAGUAAUUUGGAGUGAGGGUCCAGGCCUGUCCACCUCUGUGGACCAAGCACCAAGAUCAGGCAAGUUCUGUCCCCUGGCCUCCUGGAAAGUCUCAGGUUCAGGACUCUACUUUAACACUAUGGGUUUAUAUGCCAUGAGUAUGUAUUUUUUAUC